GCGCUGCCUGCGCGCGGGGUGGCCCCGCCGCGGGGUGGGGGACAGGGGUUCCCCGCGCCGCCGCCGCCUGCGGCCCCGCCGCUGCCUCCCCGCUGCCGCCUUCCCUCGUAGUGGGCCGGGCGGAGGGGCGGGCCGGGGCGGGCCGGACAGGCAGCGCCGCGGGCAGCCCCGGGGCAGCGGGCGGGGGGGCGGUGGAGCGGCCGGGAGAGCGGCGCGGUCGUCCUGCAGCUGGUGCCGUGAGGAUGAGGGGCUGGAUCCCGCCCGCGCUCUGCCUGGCCGCGGCCCUGGCCUCGCUGCUGCCCGCUGCCGGUGCCCGGAGGAGCCAGGACCUCCACUGCGGAGCAUGCCGGGCCUUGGUGGAUGAGCUGGAGUGGGAGAUUGCCCAGGUCGACCCCAAGAAAACCAUCCAGAUGGGCUCGUUUCGGAUCAACCCCGAUGGCAGCCAGUCAGUCGUGGAGGUGCCCUAUGCCCGGUCUGAGGCACAUCUGACAGAGCUGCUGGAGCGGGUAUGCGAGAAGAUGAAUGAGUACGGGGAGAAAGAGGAUCCAUCCACGCACCGCAAGACUUACAUCCGCGUGAUCUCCCACGAUGGGACCAAGAUGGACCUCUCCGGGGUCAAAAUCGAUGGAGAUGUGGCUUCUAGUCUGAAGUUUGCGUGCGAGAGCAUCGCCGAGGAGUACGAGGAUGAGCUCAUCGAGUUCCUCUCCCACGAGGCUGAGAACGUCAAGGACCGGCUCUGCAGCAAGCGGACAGACCUGUGCGACCAUGCGCUGCACAUCCCGCACGACGAGCUGUGACGCGGAUGCCCCCACUGCCUCGGGCUGACUGGACCAACACCUCCCCGACCGUCCCCCGCUGCCGGCAGCGCCCGAGGGGCGGCACGGGAGCUGCCUUGAGACACGAGCCGUCCCCGGGGCGGGCAGCGCUGCGUGAGCCUCGUCUGUAGCUGACGCUCGCAGCCAUCGGGGAGGAAGGACGUCCCCUACCUCUAGUUCACCUUGUCUGUGCCCAUUUCCCCGUUCCCUCCCAAAGGAGACGGACUGACGUGCCCCAAGGAGGACUGCGGCUCUGGAGCUGGGCACAGACAUCUCCUAGUCUGGUGCUUUCUUGUCCUAUUUAUUUUACUGUCUGUCCACUGUAACCGCGGUGCUGGGAGGGUCGGCGGGAAGCGCAGCGGGGACAAGCAGCCGGGACUCCCAUCGCCCGCUCCAGCUCUCCGGCGGGGCGUCUGGGGGAGGACUCCUGGGCCCCGGGAGGCCGGAGCCCUGCCCGGGGCGGUGUUCCUAGCAGGAGCGUUUCAGCGGCUGCCAGGGGCCGGGACUCCUGGGUUCCCCGCUGCUGCUGCUGCUUCGCCAGGAGCUUGGGCAAAUGGUUCCGCUCUCCCGUCUCCAGGCAGUCUCCGGGCGAGGGACCAUCCUCUGCUGCCCGACGAGGGGCCGCAGCUGGCAGCCGGGGCUGGUGCCGCGCGGUUGAAGGCAGCCGGGGAGGUGGGGGGGGGGGGGGGGCUGCCGGGGCAGCCCGUACUGGGGUGGGCUUGUUCACUGUUUUUUAAGAGCCUCUUUCCAGGCUGCAGGGCAAUAAACGGUGGCCGUGUGGCGGCCGGGCGCCACAGGGCCCUGCAAAAGGGC